GAGCGGCUAUCCGUGGGUUUGGGGUUGCGGGAAAGAUGGAAUACGCAGCGUUGGGCUCAGUGGAGGCCUCGGACGGCGGAGGGGCCCGGCCCUACAGCGGCUCGGAGGAGCGGGAGGGCCGGGAACCGGACGGGCUGCGAUUCGACCGCGAGAGGGCGUGCCGUUUGUGGGAAGCCGUGUCAGGGGCCCAACCAGUGGGAAGGGAAGAAGUGGAGCACAUGAUCCAGAAGAACCAGUGUCUCUUCACCAGCACCCAGUGCAAGGUGUGCUGCGCCCUGCUCAUUUCGGAGUCCCAGAAGCUGGCUCACUACCAGAGCAAAAAACAUGCCAACAAAGUGAAGAGAUACCUAGCAAUCCAUGGAAUGGAGACAUUAAAGGGGGAGACGAAGAAGCUAGACUCAGAUCAGAAGAGCAGCAGAAGCAAAGACAAGAACCAGUGCUGCCCCACCUGUAGCAUGACCUUUUCCUCCCCUGUCGUGGCCCAGUCGCACUACCUGGGGAAGACCCACGCAAAGAACUUAAAGCUGAAGCAGCAAUCCACUAAGGUGGAAGCGCCAUCGAAACGCCUUACGAACCCUCUCCUCGUGGCCUCCACCUUAGCCUCGCACCAGAGCAGAGAGGUAAGAGACCCAGACAAGUUCUGCAGCCUCUGCCACGCGACUUUCAAUGACCCUGUCAUGGCUCAGCAACACUACGUGGGCAAGAAACACAGGAAGCAGGAGACCAAGCUCAAGCUCAUGGCGCACUACGGGCGGCUGGCAGACCCCGCAGUCACUGACUCAGCAGCUGGGAAGGGCUACCCAUGCAAGACGUGUAAGAUCGUGCUGAACUCCAUAGAACAGUACCAAGCUCACGUCAGCGGCUUCAAACACAAGAACCAGUCACCAAAAACAGCAGUGUCGCCCCUGGGCCAGAUUCCAGUGCAAAGACAGCCCACACAGAAACACACAACUACCUUGGAAGACUAGUGUUUCCAUCCAGCACCCCAGGGUGAAGCAGCCAGGAGCCAGCCUCCCCGAGACCGUAACCGUGACUGUAGUCAGCCCUUGGCUUCCUGUUCCUCCUUUCCUACCCAGGCCUGUGGCAGGAGUGGGCCACAGGCAGCCUCGUGGUGGCCCGGGAGGAUGUGAGCGCUCACAAGAGAGGGAGGUAGAGGACGGUCUCUCCCCUCCACCGGCCUUCUGGGCCACGUGUCCUGUGUUUCCUUGGCAGGUCACUUUUGGACCAGUUCUCGCAGCUAAACCACUGGGCUCUCCAGGCUUUGGCACGUCUGGUGAAACCUGGCCCUUCCACCCAGACCUUGACCUAGGCAGGAAGGGGCAGAUGAGCGUGGCUGCCACAUGGGAGCCUGGCGCUAAUGAGACACUCCCCCGCCCCCAAAAGUGCAGGCUUGCAAAGCCUGGGACUAGAUGCUGGCCGUUGUACAGGUUGCUGCCCUCAGCGAAGCUCCUGGAGCAGUGCCACAGCCCUGGCAGGGCACUGCUGUCCCUCCUGCCCCUCCUCACAGUUCCUGAGUGGUGCUAAGGACCUGCAGCAGCUGGGGACCAGCUGGAGCUGGGGAGCCCGUGGCACCCGGGGGGCAAUGGAGAGCUCCAGGGCCCUUUCCCUCCUCUGUCCGAGGCCCCUGACCCAGGUCACCUGGGAAAGCCCCCACCUGCGCAUUUGCGUGAUGGCUCUGUGCCCUGGAAGGCAGGCUGCCCUGGGCCACCAGCCCUUCGGCCUCCCCAGCCCUCUCCUUCCCCGUGUGCAGCAGGCCUCCUGCCUGGGUGGUGCUAGCCUCCCCUACCACGAGGCUCCUGGGUACCAGGGCGUGGGAUGGGGCCCCCCCCCGGGAAAGAAAGGAGGGCUGGGGCGGGUGUCGGAUGUUCCCCAGGCCCCAAACCCAGGUUUCUCCAGUGCUGCCUGUUUUAUGGCCUGGGAUUCACUGGGAGUAGAUUUUUUCCUGUAUCUCUCCAGCAGGAGUCCUAGGGAGUAGCACCAUCUGAGGCCCCCUUUUUUUGGGUCAAAGAAGCCCCUCGCUACUGUCAUGGCCUCCUCCCCCCACUUCCUGCCCCUCGCCUGUGAAACGCCUUCAGUGUCGUGUGUGGGUGUGGGUGUGUGCGUCUGCUCUGUCGCAUAGUCACUGGAGCAUCUAAAUAAAGAAUUCCUCGGCCUGGCGGGCCACUCA